AAACACGAAAAAGGGGGGCUUUUGUCUGUCAAAUUCAAGUCCAGCCCUUCCAGCUUCUCGGGAAUUUCAGCUGUAUAUACUUUUGGCUUGCCUCGCUUUCCUUUUUUUCCCUUCGUCCUCUCCCCCUCUCCCGUCACAUGCACGCUUGCUCACAGUGUGUGAAAGCGAGAGAGAGAGAGAGAGAGGGAGAGAGAGAGCGCGAGAGAAAGAGGGAGGGAGAAUAAGAGUGAGAGAGAGGGAAAGGGGAAUAGUAAUAGCCCGCAGCACAGACUUCCCAGAUUUUCGUGCAGCGCACGCUCGCUCAUUCAGUUCUGUUCAGUGCUUCUGCUGAAGCAGACUCUCCUCUGUGCUCCUGACUAGAUCUAGCUUAUGUACUGUAUAUACUUGGGACCGUUUUCUUUUUUUUCCCUCAGAGUAGCACAGAGUGAGUGAAUGACAAAAGCGGAGACAGAGACAGCGCAACAGACAGCAAGAGAGAGACAGACAGAGAGAGAGAGAGAGAGAGAGAGAGAGAGAGAGAGAGUGAGAAAUAGAAAGUGAAGGACAAAACAAGAAAACAAUUUGUCUUGCGACCCGGAGCCCGGUGGAGCGAGAGGCUACUACUGUGUGCACCUUCUGCCUUGGCUCUCCUUCUCGGAUUACCUCGACCUGCGCACCUCCAGGAAGGUGUGUGAGUGAGUGAGUGAGUGUGUGAGCGAGGGAGCGAGCGAACGACGGUGUGCGUAUGUGUGUGUGUGUGUGUGUGUGUUCUGUGUGAGGUCUACUACCCCUCCCCUCGGCCAGUCAGCCAGACGUCUCCAUUCUCCUCUCCUCUCCGUCCCCUCUCCUCUGCUCUGCUCUCCUCUCUGGCUCCGCUGCAGUAGUGGCAGCAGAAUGCAGUGCUAGAGUGUACGCACCGGGCUAAAGGAUGACCACCGUCAUACCGUACCAGGUUUCUACAUCGUGUGUACCAGCUGCUAACUACGAACUGGCUCCCAGUCCCAGCAACGACAUCCCACUGAAGCAUGUAGAGACUACGGGUUCUACAAAAUCCUCCAAAAGUAUGGAGUCCCGACGCAGACCUUCAAGGAGCCUCAGUCUGAUCCAGGCCAUGGAGGAGAACUAUGAGGUGGACCUGGUGUACAUCACAGAGCGCAUCAUCUCCGUCUCCUUCCCCAGCAGCGUGGAGGAGCAGAGCUACGGGGCCAACCUCAAGGAGGUGGCCACCAUGCUGCGCUCCAAACACGGAGACAACUACCUGCUCUUCAACCUCAGCGAGAAGCGCUAUGACAUCAGCAGACUGAAUCCCAAAGUUCUGGAUUUUGGCUGGCCCGACCACCAUGCCCCUGCCCUGGACAAAAUCUGCAGCAUCUGCAAGGCAAUGGACACUUGGAUGAACGCCGACAGCCAUAACGUGGUGGUGUUGCACAAUAAGGGAAACCGAGGGAGGACUGGCGUGGUGGUGGCGGCCUACAUGCACUACAGCAACAUAUCGGCAAGUGCUGACCAGGCCUUGGACAGGUUUGCCAUGAAGAGGUUUUAUGAAGAUAAAGUGCUUCCUGUUGGACAACCCUCCCAGAAAAGGUAUGUUCAGUACUUCAGCGGGCUGCUGUCGGGUCAUAUCAAGAUCAAUAACAAGCCUCUCUUCCUGCAUCACGUCAUCAUGCAUGGCAUACCCAACUUCGAAUCCAAAGGAGGUUGCCGCCCUUUCCUCAAGAUCUACCAAGCCAUGCAGCCGGUCUACACAUCUGGGAUCUAUAACGUGCAGGGAGACAGCCAGACGAGCAUCUGCAUCACCAUAGAGCCUGGUCUACUGCUGAAAGGAGACAUUUUGCUCAAGUGCUAUCACAAGCGGUUCAGAAGUCCCUGCAGGGAUGUCAUUUUCCGCGUGCAGUUCCACACGUGUGCCGUGCAUGACCUGUCCGUCGUCUUUGGAAAAGACGAAUUGGACGAGACAUUUAAAGAUGACCGGUUCCCUGAGUAUGGAAAGGUAGAGUUUGUGUUCUCCUUUGGACCAGAGAAGAUUAACGAGCCGGUUCCUACCUUCUCAGGCAUGGACCAUCUUGAGAAUGGCCCCAGUGUAUCUGUGGACUACAACACCCAGGAUCCCCUUAUCCGCUGGGACUCUUACGAGAACUUCAACCAGCGCUGUGAGGACUCCAUGGAGGACGUCAUCCAUACGCAGGGCCCACUGGACGGCAGCCUCUACGCCAAGGUCCGCAAGAAAGAGUCCCUGGACGACACGGUCACCAUCGCAGCCAACGGCCUCCCCGUGACCGUCGUCGAGUCCCAAGUCACGGGACUCCCCACGGGCGUCGACCACACCCUCGCACCCGGCGACCACGCCCUGUCCGUCAGCAGCGACUCAGGCAACUCCACCGCCUCCAUCAAGACCGACCGCACCGAUGAACCCCCGGCGAUCGGCCAACACCACCACCACCACCACCUCCAGCAACAGCAGUCGGCCCCAGCAGCAGUGAGCCAGGAGGAGGAGGAGGAGGAGGAGGAGGCUCCAGCCCUGGCACCGCAAACGCAGCCCCUCAGCCCCGAGGAGAAGCAAGAGCUGGACCAGCUCCUCAGCGGCCUGGAGGAGCCGCCCAUGCACCAGCCUGGAUACCCGGCUGGCGUAGUCGGGGGAGGCAUGCUACACCUGGUGCCAGCCCAGGUGCACGUCAACGGCCAUGGCGGCGGCAACAGCAGCAUGGACCGGGAGACGGACAUCCUGGACGACGAUCUGCCCCUCAGCCACGAGGGCAACAGCGUGGACAGCCUGGGCACCCUGUCGUCCUUCGAGGGGGGCCGCGCCACCCCCGCUGACCUCUACUACCAGGCCGAGACGCCCGUCAACGGGCAGGCAGUGGACGGGUCGUACAUGGAGAAGGUGGCCCAGCCACAGCAGCUCGCGGAGCAGCAUCAGCAGCAGCUGCAGCAGAGAGCUCCGGAGCCCAUGACUCUGGUGCGCAGCUCCUCGUCGGCACAGGAGCGCAUGGGCGACUUCUCGGGUCCUCCGUCCAGCGGCUACGCCAGCCAGAACGGCAGCAUCUACCGCUCGCAGUCCUUCGGCUCGGAGCAGCAGCAGCUGCAGCGGGGGGUCGGGGUCGGGGUCGGCGCCGGCGGCACGUUGCCCAAGGCGCCCGCGCGCACCACCAGCAGCCGGGAGGCGGUGCAGCGCGGCCUGAACGUCUGGCAGCAGUACGGCGUGCCGGAGGUGCCCUCGACCGACGGCGUCCACUUCAGCCCGGCGCUGCAGACCCACAGCCUGCCCGAGUUCCCGCGCGCCGCCUCGCAGCAGGAGAUCGAGCAGUCCAUCGAGGCGCUCAACAUGCUCAUGCUGGACCUGGACCCCGCGCUCACCCAGCCACCACCAGCCACCCAGCAGGCCACCGCCCAGGUGCCCAAGUCCUACAGCGCCCCCACAGGGGCCGGAGGAGACGGCGGAGUGGUGACCACCCAGCCCUCGUUCUCCCAGACCCAGGCCAGGCCCUCCUACCAGGCCGACAUGGGGAUGGCGAUGGGAGGCUACCCCGGAGUCGCUAGUCCCCACGCGGAGUAUCAGACUCCUGGGAGACGUGCGGAGCCACAAGUCGCUGCCGUCCCCCAGCAGAGGCCGACCGCCAUCUACACGCCAGGCCCUACCGGCAUUCCCGCCUUCCCCACCGAGGUCGAGAUCGCUCCAAACCGGACCGGCCCGACAACACCGACACCACCACCACAGCAGCAGCAGCAGGUCCAGCGUUCAAGCCCGUCGCCCACGUUCGGUGCCCAGCUGCAGCUGAAGCCCCUGAACACGUACCCUCCAUCGGGCACCAGCAGCGCCCCUGUGGUGGUGUCACCCUCCCCCGAGCCACAGGAGGCCCCAGCAGCAGCCACCCUGAGCAGCCAGUCAGCCUCCUCCUCGCCCAUCCCCAAGGAGAGCCAGCCAGAGGAGACAAGCAUCAACGUGGAGGGCUUAGUCGCACACCGCGUGGCAGGAGUCGAGUCUCGUGACGUACCGUCCUUCCAGAAUGAUGUCCUGGGACACCAGCGCCUCCCCAUCGAGGGAGGAGGAGGAGGAGGAGGAGGAGGAGCCGUCCCGGAGCCCCAGAGCCCUGUGGAGACGGAGCCGCUGCGCUCCCCCAUCCGCUGCAUCUCCCCCGAGCUGGCCAACACCAUCGCCCUCAACCCCGGGGGGCGGCCCAAAGAGGGAUUGGGAUGCAUCAAGCACAGCUACCGGGAGGCCUUCGAGGAGGUGGACGGAGGGCCAGUCAGCCCCACCCCCACCCCCACCAUCGGUGGUGAGGUUUUCCCCCAAACCCCCGCCUUCCCUGUCUCGCCACAAACCCCUUACUUCAACAUGUGUCGCUCGCCGCCGGGCCUGGCCAAAACGCCCCUCUCCUUCCUGGGCCUGAAGCCCCACAACCCAGCGGAGAUCAUACUCAACCAGACUGGCUCAGAGCCGCGCAGCUACGUGGAGUCGGUUGCGCGAGCGGCAGCAGCUCCCUCCUCCUCCGUCCCCGCCAGCCAUGACAGCCCGGACGCCCCCGCCGUCGCCCCCGUCCCCAGCCCGGUCCAGACCAGCGCUGCCGUCCCAGUCCAGCCUGUAGCCGUCCCCGAACCCUCGCCCAUGUUCAACGCCCCGCUGUCCUCCAGCAGCCCCAUCCACACCCCCGAGAGAGAGCUUACUCCAGUGGACAGCAGUGUGGUCCUGCACCCCUCCCCUCAGCCCGGCGUGGACUCCGGAUUCCGCUCUCAGCCGUCGGAGCAAAGUGCCUCCCGCACCCCCACCCCCUCCUCCUACCCAUACCCGGCCUCCGGCAGCCUCUCUGGAAGCUACAUGAACCCCGACUUCAGCAGCUCGUCCCUGCCCGACAGCAGCAGCCCGGCCAGCCUCCCCGGCCUGCAGCCAGCCUCCGCGAGCCCAGGCACCGGCCCCCUGCUCUUCCAGCAGCCUGCCCCGGCCAGCCCCCGCGCCUUGCACCGCACCAUCACCCCCGUAAUGGCAGCGGCCCCUCCCAGCCCGGGCAUGCAGCGCCGCAUGCUCAGUCACGACAGCCCCGUCCUGGGCCGGCAGCCCUCGCCGUCACCGGCGUCCAACGGCUUCCAGCAGCCCGGCCUGAUGCCAGCAGCAGCAGCAGGAGCCGCAGGAAUAGGAGCAGGGAGCCCGAUCCUGGGUCGCCACCCUGCCAUGGCCUCCACAGCCACCCAGAGCAGCCCGGUGCUGAGCCGGCAGCCGCCCAUCAGCCAGGGCACCCAGAGCAGUCCCGUCCUCAACAGGCAGCCGCCGUUCGGCCAGCCGGUCCUGCCGGUCCAAGGCCACAGUCCGGUGCUGAGCCGGCAGCCCUCCGUCGGCCUGGCCACUCAGAGCAGUCCCGUCCUCAGCCGGCAGCUGUCCCUGGGGCACCACCCCAACCAGAGCAGCCCUGUGCUCAGCCGGCAGCCCUCCCUGGGGGGCCACCCGUCGCAGCAGGGCAGCCCCGUGCUGGGCAGACACCCGUCCCUGGGGCAGGUGGCCCAGGGCAGCCCCAGCCUGGACCGCCAUCCGAUGUACAACAGCGGCUACACCACGCCGGACGAGCGGCACGGCGCCCUGUCACGCCAGAGCAGCUCCUCGGGAUACCAGCCACCCUCCACGCCCUCCUUCCCGCUCUCGCCGGCCGGUUACCUGGACGGGGCCGGGUUCAGGCAGGGCAGCCCCGCGCCCCCGCUGCAGCAGCCCCAGCUGCCCGAGAAGAGGCGCAUGUCGAGCGGGGAGCGGCCCAACGGGGGCCUGUCCUACACUGGCACGCUCAACGGCAAGAUGUCCUCGCCCAUGUCCAGCGGGGGCAGCACGCCCAACGUGCAGCACUUCCACACCCUGCCUGACUUCUCCAAGCUCGCCAUGUGUGAUGGCAGCCCUGAGACCAGGUUGAAUGUAAAGUUUGUCCAGGACACAACCAAGUUCUGGUAUAAGCCAGACAUCUCCCGAGAGCAAGCCAUCAGCGUGCUGAAGGACAGGGAGCCGGGGGCGUUCAUCAUCCGUGACAGCCACUCCUUCAGGGGAGCAUACGGACUGGCCAUGAAGGUGUCCUCGCCACCCCCCACCGCACAGCAGCCCAGCAAGAAAGCCGGCGACGUCACCAACGAGCUGGUGCGUCACUUCCUCAUUGAGACGAGUCCGAAGGGAGUCAAGCUGAAGGGAUGUCCUAACGAACCCUAUUUUGGAUGCUUGUCGGCGCUGGUCUAUCAACACUCCAUAACACCCCUGGCACUGCCCUGCAAGCUGGUCAUACCAACCAGAGAUCCUCAUGAUGAGAUCCCGGAGAUAGUCACUCCUACCAACCCUGCGACAGAGCUCCUCAAACAGGGAGCAGGGCAGAAGGCUCCUACUGAAUCCCAUGCCUGCAAUGUCCUGUACAUCAACUCUGUGGAAAUGGAGUCCCUCACGGGGCCACAGGCCAUAGCCAAGGCCAUCUCCGAGACGCUGGCGACCAGCCCCGCAUCCUCCUCCGCCACCAUCGUUCACUUCAAGGUGUCAACGCAGGGCAUCACUCUGACCGACAACCAGAGAAAGCUCUUCUUCAGGAGACACUACCCUAUCAACACAGUCACCUUCUGCAACAUCGACCCACAGGAGAGGAAGUGGAACAAGACAGAUGGGGGCACUGCAAAGUUUUUCGGAUUCGUGGCCAGGAAGCAAGGAAGCACAACAGACAACGUCAGCCACCUCUUUGCCGAGAUGGAUCCUGACCAGCCAGCCACUGCCAUUGUCAACUUUGUCUCCAAAGUGAUGAUGAGCCAGAAACGAUGAUCUUGCUCUUAACUCUCCUUCUUAAUCCUAACCCCCACCCCCCAAGAGGACAUUUCAUUUCUUCCUAUUUUUCUUUUCCCCCUCACAUUAUUUUUUAAAAUUUUGAUUGUUUUAAUGUAUGCAUACACGGUAUGUUAAUGUGUGUGAGCGAGCAAGAAAGAGUGCAUGGGUGCGUUGUGCUGUUUUUUUAUGUUGGGAAGGCUUCUGGGAGUCGGCUGAGACGGGGACAGAGGAAGUGCAGAGGGUGGGGCGUGGCUUGUGUGAUGGGUGGCGGAGGGGUGGGGGCAAAUAGACUCCACCUCCCGGAAGGGGUGCCUGUAAAAAAAAUUAUCGGCAGAGGAGGUUUAUGCUUAAGUCAGAAAGCUUUUUUUUAAUUUUAUCCCAAGGGAGAAAACGGAAAAGCUGAUUCUAAAGAGAGAUGACCGGGUGAGAUGAGCUGAGAUCGGGCUUUUGGAUUGAUCAACCAAAGAUAAAAGCAGUCAGGAUGAAAUAUGUACUUAUUGAGGACUGUCGUUUUUGUAAAAAAUUAAGACUGCAGAAUCAAAGAUGGUCUCAGUUUUGUUUUUUUUGUUGUUUUUUUCUAUACACAUGCAUCAAUACUGUUCAUAGUUUGACUUCAUGUAAGGUGCACUUAUGCACUUACAGUACUCAUGAUUAUUUUUCUUGUUUGAGAUGUACUUAACCCAGUGGUUGGCUUUUGCUGAUGAAGAGCUGUUAAGGCUUGUGGAUUUCAAAGGGCUUCUCUGUACAAAGAAAAAAAAAUACUCAGACCAAAAUGUUAUAAUCAAAUACACUGUGGUCCAAAUUCCACUGUUUUUUUUUUCAUUUAAUCUAUUUCCUUUACUGUUUUUUUAUUUGAUGUUUUUUUGUUGUUGUUUUUAUCAGCACUUCUGACGAUGCCAUGAAGUCUUAUUGUAAUCAAUCCUUGAGCACCCAGAUUUCAGUGGAUAUGGAGGCUGGUGGUGGUUGAGCACCCUGCCCUGCCUGCGUUGGAGACCAGGUCAAGGCUGAGAUGAACGGGUCGGGGAGGGUUGAGGAAGAGGAGUAAGUGAGGGGCGUGCAGUGGGGCUUUACUGUAGUUGCAGCUCUGUGAUGUGGUGGCCCGCCAGCCACGCGAUGUGAUGCGUCGCCUCUUUUAGCCACUUUAGCUCCCACGUCGUCCACUCCACACUGGUGCCACUCACUCUCCUUGGGGGUGGCGUCUCCCACUCGAACCUUUGAGCACACUGGAGGAGACUGGCCCCUGGGGUGCUAUACUGCAGGCCCAGGCCUGGGCCGGGAUCUUUGCACUGUUCGGCAUGUACUAGUACACAUGUAUACCCUUCACCCCCACCUAUUCUGCUCACCGCUGUCCCGUCCCCACCCCACCCCACCCCACGCACCACUCCCAACUACUACUUUGUGUACAUCAGUGUGUGUCUUUGUGUCUCACUCUCAACUCUGGCAUUUGUCCUUGUGUCACAUGAGAGAAGAUUCCGGGGGAAAGAAAAAAACAGGACCUCCUGCACCUGUUAUUGACUCUGCCAGCAGCUACAGCCUCUGUCUGUCUGUCUGUCUGUCUGUCUGUCUGUCUGUCUGUCUGUCUGUCUGUCUGUCUCUCUUACCGUCCUGCCCUGCCCUGCCCUUCCUCUCUGCCUGUCCCUCCGGCCGCACCCCCACCCCCACCCCCACCCACACUGCUUCUCUCCCAUAGCGCUCUCUGGCUUCCUCCUGUCUACACGGCUCAUAGGCACCAGACAAGUGACUUUUGUAGAACUGAAGUAGCUUCAAAUCAAUGCGCUGCGCCAGGCCUUACUUUUAAAGGGCAAAAAAAAGACAAAAGAAGAAAAAAAAGAAUGAAAAAAUGAAAUACAAACACACAGACAUCAUACCCUAAAGUAAGCUAUAUAUAUAAAACUCUAAAAAGUGACUCUACUAAAAUAUUUAUUGUUUUAUUUUUGUGUGUUUCUGUUUUUGUUUUGUUUUCUUUUUUGCUAUGUUGCGGCUACAGUAUGUUAACUCAUAUAUACAUAUUAUAUUGUAUAGUCUACAUAAAGAUUACUGACGCAAUGGAAAAAGUACUCUGUAUUUUGGCUAAGGUUUGAAAAAUCGAUGCAUUCACGUGUGUAAGAUGUAAAAUGUAUGUAUUUUAAAAUGCUCAUCAUGUUUUUGAAUAUUUUUCCUUCUGCUCAUCAGACUGAAGAUUCACUUCUGUGUGGACAGACUGUGGUAGACAGAAGAAAGAUUACUGUUUGUAAAAAAAAGAAAAAGAAGAAAAAAGAAUGAAAUGUUAAAUGCUGUUUGGUGUUGAGGCUUUUGUAUCAACAGAAACUAUACGAGGAGACUUUUGAGGUGUGCAAAUUAGUGAGAAGAUUGAGAUUCAGCUCCAUAUUAGUACUAUGCAGUUAUUUUCUUAAAUCCCCCAUGUUGCCUCACCUGCGUUGCCAGAUGCCAAAAACUGUAGUAACCCACAGUGGUGUCUCCAGUUUGCCACAUGAACGCAUUGUGUUUGCUGCUGCCCUCUUGUGGUGUAAGGAAGUGUUGCCCUCACCUAAACCAGUGACACUGCAGCCCUGCUAAACUUCUGCUGUCCUCCUGCUAACUACUACUACUACAGUGUUUUAGCUGUUGCCCUUAUACAAUCCUUAUAAAAGUAAGACGAAUAGUAAUGGCUAAUAUUUUAGCUCCUGAAAACCAGUGGUUUAAAACAAUGUUAAGUUUAGAUACGUGCAUAAACAGGAGUUGUGUUUCAGUUCAUUAUUUUGUGUUAAGCAACCACCUCCCACAGCUGUGUGUGUAAAUACUUUGUUUCUCGCCAAAGACUCGAAAAUCAGUGUGUACUUCCAUUGGGUAUUAGAUUACACCGUCCCUCAAAUUUUGACAGUAGUUAACGUGCCAUUUUAAUGGUUAUACAUUUUCUUGAUAUGAAAUCACUUACUGGGGAGGGCAACAGACUUUAAAAGAUCACUUGCCAAUAGACUUACAAUUGUACUCCAAUGUUUAGUUUUUUGUUAAGCACUUAUUUCUGGUCAUAAGACAGAAGCCUAUUAUAAACAAUCAGCAGCUUCUCACCGUUCUGCAGUAGCCUACGCCUACACAAAAAAUGCACACCAACUGUGUUUUUAAAAUUGCGAGCGACAGUGGCUUGCUCAGGCCCACUAAGAAUUGGAUAUUGUCCGCAACAUUUCUUAUUUAUUCUGCUGUUUAACUCACCACCAGAUAUGAUUGACCGCAAUGCAUUGAUGUUUGUCACGUAGUCAUCAUUCAUGUCUUCAAGUUGUUUUUUUCUGUCAAGAAAACCAUGAGAUAGCAAUGAAACGUUAUGCAUUUAAUGUCGAUUCCUGACAUUGGUUUAUGUAAUCCUGAAAAGUGUUGUGUCCUUAAACUUUAUGGACAAUAGCUCUUGAACAUAAUGGACAAUAGGUCUUGAACUAGACUGUGUGAAUGUGCUUUCUCCCACUGUACAUACAUACCAUGUGUUUUUAUUUUUCUUCAUGUAUGGCUUCUUUAUUUUGAAAAACAUAUUAAAAGCAAUACAAUAAGUUACAUUAAAAUAUACUGUUGCUUGAAAUUACAUC